UUAUAUGCCUCCUCAUUCAAGCAAUGUGUUUCUAAGGACUCAUUGUUAAGUAUUUAGACAAGUGUGAAAUAGUCUAAGAAGAUAAGUCUUAUUAUGUAAUGUUAGUGAAUUCUGUAGUGGCCUUCAGAUACUAUAGGCAAAAUCCUAUUUAAUAAAGAAUUAAUUUGAAGGAGGCUUAUGAGGUUGGACAUCUUAUCCUUUUGAAUCUAAAAGUUUAAUCCUGUAAGACAGCCACCCUUGGGCCACAAAUGCCUUUUGCUUUUUACAGUAUUGUAAUUCAUUGCCACUAAAUAGUAUCAGUUGCACUUCUGCUUAUUACUGUUACAUUAGCAUAUCAGGAGAAUGAGAUAUUAUAAGUACGAUGGACUGAAAGCAUACAGGUUUUUUGUGCAGGGUCUCUCAUUUCAUUAGGUUUUGUUGUGCAAACAUUUCGGGAUGUAUGAAUUCUUAAGAGUUGAGGGUAAUAACAUCCAAGAGCCCUAUAUUUAGGGUCCGUUUGUUGGAGUGCACUGAGACUGGGUUAAUGUUUAACAGCGGCUGUCCUGUUGAUUCACUUAGGGAGUUGGUAGAUAGCAGUUUUAUUCUCCUUAUUGCACUAUUAAUUAAGACCUGCUGAAAAAUAGCCCUAGGAAUGCAGCUGGGGAAAGGAACACCUUUAAAGCAAUGGGAACGGAGCAGUAGAUUUAUUGUUAGGAUUGCAAUAGCUGCCCUUCAGCCGGGUUGGAUUAAUGAGUAUCAGAGUUGAUGCAGCUUUCUGGGCAAAAUACUUCUAGUAAAGAAAAAGCUCAUUUUCUUGAUUGUAGUCUGGGUUUUCCAAGUGACUAGAGGCUACUGAAGAUCUGACCUCGUAUGAGGACAAAUCCUACAAUGGUGGAGGAAUAGGUUCUUCAAAUAGAAUCAUGGACUUCUUGGAGGAGCCAAUCCCUGGUGUAGGGACCUAUGAUGAUUUCAAUACAAUUGACUGGGUGAGAGAGAAGUCUCGAGACCGGGACAGGCACCGAGAGAUAACCAAUAAAAGCAAAGAGUCAACGUGGGCCUUAAUUCACAGUGUCAGCGAUGCCUUUUCUGGUUGGUUGUUGAUGCUCCUUAUUGGGCUUUUUUCAGGUUCCUUAGCUGGUUUGAUAGACAUCUCUGCUCAUUGGAUGACAGAUUUGAAAGAAGGCAUAUGCACAGGGGGAUUCUGGUUUAACCAUGAACAUUGUUGCUGGAACUCUGAGAAUGUCACCUUUGAAGACACAGACAAAUGCCCAGAGUGGAAUAGCUGGUCCCAGCUUAUCAUCAACACCGAUGAGGGAGCGUUUGCCUACAUAGUGAAUUACUUCAUGUACGUCCUGUGGGCUCUCCUAUUUGCCUUCCUGGCCGUGUCUCUGGUGAAGGUGUUUGCACCUUAUGCCUGUGGCUCUGGAAUCCCUGAGAUAAAAACGAUCUUGAGUGGUUUCAUUAUUAGGGGCUACUUGGGUAAGUGGACCCUGGUUAUCAAAACUAUCACCUUGGUGCUGGCAGUGUCAUCUGGCUUGAGCCUGGGCAAAGAGGGCCCCCUAGUGCACGUGGCUUGCUGCUGUGGGAAUAUCCUCUGCCACCGAUUCAACAAAUACAGGAAGAACGAAGCCAAGCGAAGAGAGGUGUUGUCAGCUGCAGCAGCUGCUGGUGUAUCUGUUGCCUUUGGGGCACCUAUUGGCGGUGUAUUAUUCAGCCUAGAAGAGGUCAGCUACUAUUUCCCCCUCAAAACAUUGUGGCGUUCGUUCUUUGCUGCAUUGGUGGCAGCCUUUACUCUACGAUCCAUCAAUCCAUUUGGGAACAGCCGCCUGGUUCUGUUUUACGUGGAGUUUCACACCCCAUGGCAUCUCUUUGAGCUUGUCCCGUUCAUCUUGCUGGGCAUAUUUGGUGGCCUGUGGGGAGCUCUGUUUAUCCGCACAAACAUUGCCUGGUGUCGGAAGCGGAAGACCACCCAGCUGGGCAAAUAUCCUGUCAUCGAGGUACUCAUCGUGACAGCCAUCACUGCCAUCCUGGCCUUCCCCAAUGAAUACACCCGAAUGAGCACGAGUGAGCUCAUUUCGGAGCUCUUCAAUGACUGUGGCCUUCUGGAUUCCUCCAAGCUCUGUGAUUAUGAGAACCGUUUCAACACAAGCAAGGGAGCUGACCUGCCUGACAGACCAGCCGGUGUAGGAGUUUACAAUGCCAUGUGGCAACUGGCUCUGGCACUCAUACUGAAAAUCGUCAUUACUAUAUUCACCUUUGGCAUGAAGAUCCCCUCUGGCCUCUUUAUCCCUAGCAUGGCUGUUGGUGCUAUAGCAGGGCGACUUUUAGGAGUGGGAAUGGAACAGCUGGCUUAUUACCACCAUGACUGGACCAUCUUCAACAGCUGGUGUAGUCAGGGAGCUGAUUGUAUCACCCCUGGCCUCUAUGCCAUGGUUGGGGCUGCAGCCUGCUUAGGUGGUGUGACUCGGAUGACUGUUUCUCUUGUUGUCAUAAUGUUUGAACUUACUGGUGGCUUGGAAUACAUUGUGCCUCUUAUGGCUGCAGCCAUGACAAGCAAGUGGGUGGCAGAUGCUCUUGGUCGAGAGGGCAUCUAUGAUGCCCACAUCCGUCUCAAUGGAUACCCCUUUCUUGAAGCCAAAGAAGAGUUUGCUCAUAAGACCCUGGCAAUGGAUGUGAUGAAGCCACGGAGGAAUGAUCCUUUGUUGACUGUCCUUACUCAGGACAGUAUGACCGUGGAAGAUGUAGAGACCAUAAUCAGUGAAACCACUUACAGUGGCUUCCCAGUGGUGGUGUCCCGGGAAUCCCAAAGACUUGUGGGUUUUGUGCUCCGAAGAGAUCUCAUUAUUUCAAUUGAAAAUGCUCGAAAGAAACAGGAUGGGGUUGUGAGCACGUCCAUCAUUUAUUUCACUGAGCAUUCUCCUCCAAUGCCACCAUACACUCCACCCACCCUGAAGCUUCGGAACAUCCUGGACCUCAGCCCCUUCACGGUGACUGACCUCACACCCAUGGAGAUUGUAGUGGACAUCUUCCGCAAGCUGGGACUGCGGCAGUGCCUCGUCACACACAACGGGCGAUUGCUUGGAAUCAUUACCAAAAAGGAUGUGUUAAAGCAUAUAGCACAGAUGGCAAACCAAGAUCCUGAUUCUAUUCUCUUCAACUAGAAUCAUAGGGUUCUUCUGGAUCCAAAACAGGAAGGACAUUGCAGACCAUGGAUAUAUUUUAUUAACUGGGUGCCCAAAACACAUUUCUCAUAUUUGGAUGGUGAGGUCAUAUUAGUGCAUUGUCUCUUGCCUACAAGUUAACCAGUUGCACUACAUAAUCUCUGGAAAUUAAUCUUCUCUUUAGGAGAGAAUACAGUUAGGCUUACUUGAUAAUGAAUUUGGAAGAUUUCGUGAAAGAGUAAACAAGAUCACUAUGGUUUAGUUCUAUUUGUUUUUAAGAUUUGUUUUUAAUUUGGGAAAUAAUCGUUAGCCAAUAUGCAAUCACUGAAAACUAUGCAAGAAAAAUUCCCAAACCGUCUAGACCUAUAGCCUGCAGGAAUCUUAUGAAAAAGUCACUUUGGGAGGAUCUAAUUGCCAUUGGUGGAACAUGAAGUGUAAACUUAAGGGGCUUUGCUUUUCCAACCAUGGAAAAGAAAGCCAGAAGGAAAAUAGCAAUGGUAUUUUCUAGACUGUGAAGAUUCAGUUCAAAUGUUAUCCUUGUUCCUGUUACAAUACUUAGCAUUAUUAGUUUGUUAUAUGUAUGUGUAUGUUAAUUUUAAUUUCUGAUUCUAAGACAAUGCUGCUUUGGUUAAUCUCCUCUAAGCAAAUUUAGAGAGGUUGACUUUUAUAGCUUGCUUGUUCCUGGUACUCUUUUGAAGUGCACAAAGAUAAGUUACAGAGCUUUCUCCUUGUCUGCGAAAAGGGUAGUUUUCCAGAUGGUAUUUGUUAGCUAGUAGGCAAGGACUUUGCCAUGAAUUUGUUAGUAGCAAGGAAAUGAUUUCUUCCAGCUUCCUUGAAACGAAUGAUUAGUCAGGUUCUCAGCAGAGUCCAUGACUGGGAAUUUCACAUUUCUGUGAGGUCCUAACCAAUCCUCUUACCCAGAGCCUCCUCCGUGAAUGAUGGUGCUUUAGGCUUCUGGACUAUGGAAGACCAGUAAAGGGAACCACGUUGAGAUUGCAUACUGGUAACCAGGGAAGAUUCAGAGCUGCAUCUGCAUCCUCACGCAUUCCUUUGUACAAAGACCACCAGGGCUAAAAUAAGUGGGCACUCAUGGCUCCUCCCAGUGUCAUCCCUGUGAGUAUGAAUUAGGCUUGAGAUAUUUUCAGCUGUAUUCAAGGGGUUGGGACAGGAUAGGCAGCUGUGACUCCCUGGAGGGUCCUUCGAAUUCUAAAUAAAAUUCAGGAUCAUCUUCAGACCUAGGACUGUGGACAAGGCCUGGUGACACCAAAGGUGCUUGUAUCCAGUUGAAAAGGUGCCAGUCUCAAUUUCUUCCCACAUUUAUUGUAGGAAAACACAAAGCCAUCAUGCCACAGGGACACCUGGUGGUCUUAAAGAGCCACCCCCCUCCCUGCCACCAUUCCAACCACUAUUGAAUUUUCUGUAGUUUUUACCCAUGUCCUCCAAGGACACCCCUUCCAUUCUGUUCCCCUUCCUACUCCUCAGUACUGAAUCUCUCUUUGGGAUUGAGCAUUGUGACUGGUUAAUCAUUCCUAAUAUAUAUGUGUGUGUGUGUGUGUGUGUGUGUGUGUGUGUGUGUAUAAAUAAAAUAACUCCCAAGGCUAGUUACAUUGUAAACCAAGGCUCAGCAAUCUCAUGGCACAUGGCCCAGAGGUGACAUACAGCCUUUUCUUUGCCAUGUGACCCAGUUGCUGCUGCCAGGCCUCCGUUUCCCUACCAGAUGCCCAUGACAGUGAGACACCACUGCCAGGGGUGAGAGUUCAGCCUUGCUCAGAGUACAACUCUGCUGCCAGCACUUGCCGCCACCCUCCCAGCCUGGCAUCAGCAGUCUGUUGGCGUGACCCUCCCCCGCAAACACCUCAGCAUACCUCAUUCCAGAAGUUGCUCAUCCCUGAUGGGAGUACUUUUCACCCUUAGCUCUUAUCUUUCUAAAAGUCUUGUAUUGCCCAGCAGAACUGGGUAGCGAAGGUUUAUUUUAAUGUUUAUCUGCAAAAUAUUAUCAGUCACCAGAGUUUCUCCUCCUCCGUAUAUCACAGUAGCAUUUUUAAUGAAAAAGAGAAAAACUCCCCAGGGUACGUGAUAUCCUAGUCAUGGCUCCGUCACUUCACGUCUUUUGUCUCUUCCAUGCCACUGACUCCUUCAUAUGAGAUGAGACGCUAUGCUUGGCUACCCUGUGUAUUGUGUCGAAAUCAAAGUUCUUAUCUGUAUAUUUCUGGUUCAAUGCCUAUCUUAUUAGCCAUCCUUUCCCACUGAAGUUUGCCAAGUAGGAAAUGUUACUGUUUCUGGUAUUUGAUGGCAGUGGAAGGUUGGGUUGUAUUUCAUAGUGCAGCAGUCCCAAUGGAGGGUGUCUUGUUUGCUUUCGUGUUUCUUCUAGCUCUGUUCUUGAUUUUAGACAGCUGAGCCAGUGUUAAGGUGCUACUUCAGAGAAUAAAAUCAAGAAAUCACAUAACACUGUGCCAAGGUCAACUUUCCAGAUGCUAAGCACCGGUUGGCCCUCCAGAGAAAGACAAAUAGCCCUUUGAUACCUCACUCCUGAUAAAUCUCGUUCAUUCACCUCAGUUUCUCAGGAAGCCUUGUAGCUCAUGCGCUAGAAGUAGCUGUAGUGUGUGGUGUCCGCUGUACGUCCAAUCCUAUGAUUUGGCUCAAAGGUUGGCUGGCUGUGGCUCGAGCUCUCUGCUAGACUGCAAGCUCAGCACCUGGACUUCUGCUGAGUUAAAGGAAAAUGUUCUUUCUGCCAUUGCCAGUUGAACAGUUGGACCUACUUAACCUACAAAGCCAAUAUAGGGAGGUCUGUCGGUAGCCUCAAAAGGCCACAUAGCUCAGUGGCAGGAGACUAGAUAACUUGUGAUUUGAAACUGAAUGAGUUGAGACUAGUCUAUUUGGUAUUAAAAAAAAAAGAAAGAAAAUGACCAGCAUAUGGAAGGGUUUACAAACAAAAGAGUGUCAAUAAAUGCUUCAAACAGAGUUAGGAUUUCCCAAGGGAAGAUAAGCUGGUAGGAGUGAGAGUCUAUAGAUCUGUAAAAGUCUAACUAUUUUUUGGUGGCUUUACACCUUCAAUUGAAUGUAAAGAAGCUAAACCGGGAAUGCAUACUUUGUUACACUAGAGGGAAGAAGCAGGUGGCUGACAACAGAAAACAAUGGCUACUUUAAAUGACUUCAUUUCUUUUGAGUAAGAAACCUGUAAUGAAGCUUUUCUUUCUGGCCGUAGCAUUCCUGGCUCAGCCGAGCUGUGGGUAGAGGUGAUGUGAGCCACAAAACAGAUAUUCUCUGGUGCAUAAUCUGACCUUGACGAGGCUUUGAAUUUGCCAGCUGGCAGAGCAAGCGAUUCAUUUGCUGAUUAAACUGCAAAGCAAUUCAAUUGUCUUGGCACCAAAAGCUGAAUUGAAACCCUUUACCGGAAGAGCAGAGCACAGUAUAUGUUCCUCUAGCAGGUCUUUAAUUCUGUUUGAACAGGAGAGUGAUCAAGUAACAAGGACUCAGUGUGGUCUAAGGCUACAAAGCAUUUCACAAUCGUGUGCAUGUGUGCAAGUGUGCGGUGAGCAAAUCUGUAUUUAAACAUGCAGUGUACAGUAGAGUCCACUCUGGAAAGUAACCAUGGCUGUAUAUCGGAAGCAGUGCUGUCACCUACUAGAGUUGGGUUUUGAUUUUAGUUGACUGUGUUAGGUGAUAAGUGGGAAGAUAUACUUGUUCCCCUACACUAUCUGUUGAUUUUGUUCUGAAGUAAGUCAAGAGCAGUGCAAUUCUUGAAGCGAAGUGUUUAAUGAUGAUAGUGAAGGUAAGAUUGAGAUUUUGAAAUAGCCAGUGUGCUUUAUAUUGCCAGAGUGCUUACUGAGGAAUGACUACGUUGUCCUGUGAGAAGCUUGUUCACCUACAGUGGGUCAGAGUGAGAUGCAGGCCAUCUACCUGUUCCAAGAAUGCAGGAGAACAUAUUUUCCCAUGGUGCAUAGGGUAUUGAACAUCUGAAAGCACUGAGAAAAAUUAGGAAUUUAGAAAGUAAAUGGAAGAGAAUAUUGAAACUUUUUUUAAAGGAGAGAUGUCUAAAUAUGUGGUCUGAGCCUCAGUAUUCUGAAACUUUAUUUUUUAAAAAAACAUCUCUACAAUUGCCUUGAUUCCCUUUGAGAAGGGACUAGAAAACCCCGUUAAGAGAAUUCCUGAAUGGUGUGAGAUGGUGAGAGGAAAACCAGUUCAUGCCCCACCCCUUGCAUCUUGGCAUUCAGAAAUUGCUUGAUCAUGUGCCUCAAGGGGAAAAAAGUCAAAUCCCCCCAUCCCCCGCCUCAAAGGCCAGGCUUCAUAAGCAAACUAGAAGCCCCAAGCAGUGUUCUACUCAAGAGCAAUCUAGUUUUAUGGAGAGGGAUAAACCAAAACAUCUGUUCAUGAAGGAAUAUGGUUUCUGUUGUCAUUGCCUAAAUAAAUGAUUAGUGUUAGGAAGAUUUUCUGGAAAUCUAUUUUUAGCCUCCCUAGUAUGUCCUUAUUAGAUAUUGAAUAGAAAAAGUCAGAGUUCCUCAGAUCCGAGCUCAGGGGCUGUGUAAAGUUGAACUUCAGUCAGUGCAAUUGGACCUGUGGUGAUCGCUGAACUUGGCUCUGCUUCAAUUUUAGUUGUUUGCUCCAAAGAGAGAAAUUCUGGAAACAGUGAGGGUUAGCAACUUUGAGUUACUCCCCGACAUUUGCUGGCCACAUUCUCAUUUCUAAACCUCUGGAUCUGGGCAGAGUUUUAAAGGGAUGUCAGUGACAUAAGUGGUUUUUCUAUAACGUGGUCUGAUUUUGCCAAAUCACUCAAGAAAGAAUGUGCUGUGUAGAGUUUGCGUUUGUUGGAUGGGACCUCCCUGGUCAGCCAGCCUGAUCCUGCGGUCAUAGAUUCCUACCUCUAAGUUCCUGCCAAAGGGGUCUUCAGCCUCUGUGUGCACACCCACUGAAUGAAUGAAUGAAUGCCUUGCCUCAGUUUCGCCUUCUGAGGGGAAACAGCAUGUGAUGCUAUGAAAACAAGGAUUUUUAAAAAAAUCAUCUCUGUCCUCGUCUCUCCCUCCCCUUCUACCUCACUUCCUUUUGCUCCCCUCCCAGCGUCCUGGAUUCAAGUUCCUCUCAGCUUUUAGAAGCGUUUUGUUUUGAAGGUGGACCUUGGGGGAAGGGGAGGAUCAUUCUAAGAAGAGAGAAAGGAAGCUCCUUCUCAGCGGAUGGGAACAACGGGGCGUUGCCCCGCUGUCUGAACUAAAGCCAGCAACACGUGUCCAGGAGUGCCGAGGGCUCUAGCGACCCCAAGGCAGGCAUGCGAAGUUAGUGACUGCUAGUCCAGAUCGGUUUGGGAUUCAGGGGCAGGCUGUGAUCUGGUGAGGGAAAUGCAGUCUGGCAGCGUGGGGGAGAGCGAUGAUUUGAUAGGGUGGGAAUGCUCAGCCUCACCCUUAUGCUGGGGGUCCCCCAGAAUAUGUAAUCCUUCCAGAGUGUUCCUUCCGCCUGUCCAUUUCACUUUGUCCCCUCUCCUCACUCAUUAUCCUGCCUUUUUAAGUACUCAGCUUUUUAUAUAAGUAUUUACUUUUGUAUUAUAUAUUUGGUCCUUUGGGACUUUGUAAUGCUUAAGAACUUAUUCCACUCAAGAUAAAAAUGAUGUGUUGAAUAUUUUGUUCUCUUCAACUGUCUUUUGAAGCUAUGCUGCUAACCAGGUACAGGCCAGAAAGGAGAUGGGCCCGAACAGCACCUUGGUCACGUCAUCUAAGGGUGACAAUGAUGUUGUGAUGGUGACUCUUUCUUCGUUUGACCAAGGCCAGCCUCCUGCUCUUACCUCUGCCCAUUCAUUUCUGGCUACGGGACAGAUACCAGCUACUGGGUGAGCCAUUGAGACCAGGAGAAUUAGAGGGGCCAGGCUCCAGCCCAUGUGCCACUAUUUGGAUAUCUCUGUAAUAAGCUCCUUUGUAGGGCUGGCUCCAACUGCAGUAGCCAAAGAAAACAUGUCUGACCUUGACCUAUGAAUUCCUGGGAGUUGGUCGAAAUUUAGCUGAAGCUCAGUGUAUAGACAUCAGCAGUAGCUAGGCAUCCAGACGCUAGCUUCAACCAAAACUAGCAGCGCCUGAGUUGCCACCGGAAGCUGGGUGCUGAGCUCUUCACAGCGGUUAUUUAUCUGAGUGUUGCCAACCCUUUAGCUAUACUUUCUUAGCUUUAUUCUCCCCAGUUCACAGGCACAGCCUGAACCAAAGCCGUGGCUCACUGCUCACUUCAUUCUGCUCCCUGGUCAUGCAUAGCAGCACAGUCUAAAAAGGAAGACAUGGACUGGGGAGUUGGGAGACCUGGUUUCUAUUCCCUACGCUUCUACUAACUAGCCUCGAGAUCUUAACCGCUCUGUGCCUCAGUGUUCCCAUCUGCAAAAUGGGGAUAGUGUUAAUUGCCCUACCUACCUCACAGGGUUGUUGUGAGGAUCAACUGAGACAAUGACUGGAAAGUACUUUGAGAAGUGCUAUGCAAAUUGUUUGAAAUGGAAACAAUCAUGCUCAAGGCAAUGGAAUGGAUAUUGGCAGAAAGGUUAAUGGGAUCGUCCAGCCCUUUCUCUGUGUGGCUCAAACCCAGGUCGCCAUUGCUUUAUACAUUUUCACUUAGCACAGAUUUGUAAUUAUGCAUGUAUUAAAGCACAGCCUUAUCCA